AUGUCAACGGCAGUGGCAGAUAGCAGCGCCACAACCUCAAUGGCAACAUCUUCAGGCGCCUCCUCCAAAUCCAGCAACAAUUGCGGCGAGCUUGAAAGUGCCAUUGACUCCAGCGGCGGCGUUGCGACAACUACAACGAUUAGCUCCAAGCAACAGCAGCAAACAGUGCAAAAGGAGGAGCAGCAGCAGCAGCCAAAAUGUGCCAUACACUAUUUGGCCAGUUUCCAUGAGAUUUGUGUUGUGACGGCGCUGCUGCCACUGGUGACGCUCUUCACAUGCUUUGUGACCGCCUACGUCUUCCAAUACGACGAUGUACACGAGACACAUUGCCGCGUCUAUAACAUUGUACCAUCGAUAAGUGCAAUUACUGGCGUUAGUCCACAGCGUUAUUUCUGGCGUUUCAGCAUUGCGCUGCAUAUCGGACCCCGCAUACCAAUUGCCUUUGUCUACAAGAACUAUUACCGCAGUCAAUUGGCGCGUUUAGCACCUGCGCUAGUGCCCAGAACCAGCUGCUUAAUCACAUUGAUAUUGCUGCUCAAUUGUAUUGAGAUUGCAGCACUUGGAGGCGUUACCUAUAUAUCCAAUCGCGAGAAUUAUCCUGUGCAUGAGCGCAUCUUUAUAACAUUUAUGAUCUGUUCGCUGUGCUAUAUGCUGGCCACCAUUAAAUUGAAUGCCACAUUGAACGCUGGUCAGCAGUUGAAUGCGAAGCAACAAUUGUCGAUUAAAUGGAAGAAAAUACUCUUCGUUGCCUCCAUAUUGAGCACCAUUGGCCUCUUGAUUUUCUUUGCCAAGCAUCGUUUCUAUUGCCAUGACUUAGCUUUCAGUUGGUUUGCAUUCUUCGAAUACUUAAUUGCCAUUGCCAAUAUGCUAUUCCAUUUUACCAUAAUUUGGGACUUUCCAUCGCAAUAUAUGCUCAUUAUUCAAGGACCGCGCGAGAAUCUCAAGCAGUUUAUAGGCGCCAGCAAGCCCAAAGCUAAUUAAGAAAACCAUACACACUAUUAUUACUACAAACAAACCUUUUUUUUAAGUAUUUAUUUAUUCUGUUUAUAGUCUGCAAACAACUCUGACGAAACGUACAAUUAUUGUUCUUCUUGAAACUUUUUAAGAACUAGCGCUUCCAUAAACAAACCAUUUAAGGACAUAAACAUUUUACUAACGUGAAACAAACAGGCUACCAAAACUAAAACGAAACUUCGAAAUAAAUCAACUGAUCACUUAAGCUAUAGUUCAUACGAUACGCUGUGUAUACUUGAUAAGUUUUGAAAUGUUAUGACACCCCCCGCCCGCUCGCCACAAUUGUUAACCAAACUCACACUCAGUCCUCUGUCAGUUUCUCAAGCAUGCCAUAUGCCAAUGCAUAUUAUGCAUCUAUAUGCAUACGAUAUGUAAAUGUAAAUAAAUGAUUCAUUUUUGUAGAACAUUUAUUCUCAAACAUGCAUAUAGAC